ACCCGUGCUCAUUGGUUUCACGGAAAUGUGUUGAGGACAGCAGGGCUGAGCGGGUUAUAAAAGCAGCCUGAGCGCGCGGAGCGCAGCUUGGAUAGGACUUUACCCUUAGCCAUUUGGCCGGUGCGCAUCGCAGACAGCUGGAUCCUCGUAGACACACAGCCAUGAGUGAGAGACAAACAUCUGGAGCAAUGACUGGAAGUAGCAAACCAUCUGCUGGCCAAGGGCUGCCAGGUCAACAAAAGGCUCCAUCUAAACAUGAAAAGAAGAACAAACUCCCCCAGGACUUUGACAUCGACAUGGAAGAUCCAGAAACGCAGAAGGCUGCCGUGGCCAUCCAGUCUCAGUUCAGGAAAUUCCAGAAAAAGAAGCAGGAUGUGAAGUCGUAGAGUGGCCGUGGUCAGAGGAGUCGGACACCUGGUGUGGUCCCGUCCUGCAUGUCAAUCAAAACUGCACUGUCAUAAACUGAGAAGAAAGAAGAGUGGGAGGGAUUCCUAAAUGAUCUAUUUGUGAAAGUCUGUGUAUAAUGAAUAAGUUUAGUAUCUACAAAGCAAUGAAUUAUCAAACUCUUUGAGUAUGUGUUUAGAUUGUACUACUUUUUUUCCUAAAUUACAACGCCUAACAGCUUAGCUGCAGUAGAAGAGUAUGAAUAGAUGUUCUGUCACAUUUAGUGUAAUUUACCCAUAUUAUUAGCACAGUUUCCUUAGAAAAUGUUGAAAAGUGGUCUUUUCUUUGAGGGGAACAGGAAGUCACCAACACUAAAAGCUAAUUAUUUAAUUUAGAGAGUUGUAAUAAUCCUAAUCUGGAGAUUUUUGGACCCACUGAAGGCUUGGCUAUGUCAGUAUGUCCCGUAAUGUUGCAGGUGCUUUCACAAUGCUUUUAGAAUCAAAUUAGUCUCUUUAAUUUGUGUUUGAAAGUCAAAGAUCUCCACUUUGUCACCUACUUCCUCCAGAUGACAUAAAUCCCUCUCAGUGGUGUCUUAAAGACUGUAAAUGUUGUGCUUGUCAUUUGACUCCAGUUGCGUGUCUUUCCUCCUUUUGUUCCAGCCUCUCUGAUACGCUGUUGUUGAGUCAUGUAUGUUUACUGUACAAGCACACAGAUUAAUGCAUGCAAGCUCACACUCAAGCACACACAAACAGAGAAAUAAAUAAAGACAACG